ACCGACCAAGCCAUCAACGCAUCCUCUCCCAUCUCCGGUUCGUCAAAGAAUAGCAAAGACCACCCCACUCCAAAGGCCCUAAUCCGGUCCAACCCCUUCCAAGCCCACGUCCGUCCGUCCCUCCAUCAUGCAACGAUCCAGCCGACGGAGAAACGCCAUCUUGGAUGACAUCCGCGAGAAACCCUAAGGGGGGAACGAACAAGGACGAAGAGCGAAGUCCUUUCGUUCCAAGACGAGCAAAAAGAAAAAAGAGAACAAGGAAUCAAGCAGAGGUGUUGUUGGGAACUUGGGGAGGGGAGCAAAACCGCGUUUCGCAAAAAGGAACGGCCACACGCCUACCCCAGGGCGGCGAGACCCACCACCACCAGGCCAGCGACGCCGGCGAGUGCGGCGCCCUCGUGCUUGGCGGCCGCCGCGUUGGACGGGGUGGGCGGCGAGUGGGCGGCAGCAGUGGUCGUCGUCUCCGCGCCGGUGGUGCCGGUGCCGGUGCCGGUGCCGCUGGUAGUAGUGGUUCCAUCGUCGGACGUGGUGAUGCUCUCGGCGGUCGGGGUGGCUGGGCCGGUGGGAACGGACGAUCCCGCGGUGAUCAGGGUGCCGGGCAGGUCGGUGACCGAGCUGGCGGGGGGGACGAUUUCCGAGACGAAGACGGAGCCGGAGGUCGUCUCCGGGGCGGCCGGGUUGGCGGUCUUCGUGGUGCCGUCGCCGCUGGUGGUCGGGUGGUUGCCCUCGCUGGACGACGGGGUGGCUGGGGAGGAAGUCUCGGCGCUCGCCGUCAAGGCACCGGAGCCAGAGCCGGUCGCCGUGGCGGACGCGGAGGUGUGGACCGUGACGGUCACGGUGAUGGUCGGCAAGGUGUAGGGCACGGUGUAGAGUUGGGUCACGUCAUGGUCGCCCUCGUGCAGGACGAUGGGCUGGACGAUGACGCCGGUGCUGGCGGUGUCGGCGGCCGGGUUGGUCUGGGACGAGUGGCCCGCGGUGCUGUUCUCCGCACUGCCCGCCGCGGCGGUUGCCGUGGCGAGGGCGGCGAGGAUGGUCGCGAUCUUGGCAGACAUUUUUGGUUUUCUGGCUCGAAACGUGUGCAAGUGCGAGAUGGUUGCUGUAUUGGAUACGUUUGUCAGCCUGAAGUGUCCUCUGCAGAGUGAAGACGCCGUAAUAAUUUGGCCGGUGUUUGUUUUGGAUAUGGGCUGGGAAGACGCGUAGUCACGAUAAGGCGGAGGAGACUAAUCACCUGGGCAACAAAUCUUCUCAGCAGUGAGAGGUGCUUUCGAAGGCGCUUGGUAAAUGGGGAUUGGCAAUAAAGUUGAAAUCCUUGGAUGAUAGAGGUAGGACGGGAGGAGAAGAGAGUGAGAUAGGAGGGGAGACGGAGAAGGAGAAGGGGAGAGGAGGGAGAGUAGUGCGUGUUUAUGCCACUCAGAGGGUAGAGAUACCAGUGGUGGAAGUGAAUCGAAGAGCUCCGACUUACCUGCUUUCAGACUCAGAAUAUGGCCACCACGACGUAG